AUGAACAACGGUGACAGUGGCUCGUUCGGUAGCGGCGCCGGAUCCGGUAAUGGUGUUGGCGGCGGUGCUGCCGGGUCCGCCUCUAUGCCCAGAGCUACUCCGACGGGAUCUGCUUCUGGAUCUGGCAUGGGCUCUGCCAGCAACUCGGGCAAUGGCGCCGGCGGUGGCUCUGCAAUGGGCUCCGCUAACGGCAGCUCUGGUUCCAGUUCGAGCAAUGGAAAUGGCUCUGCUUCCGGCUCGAACUCCGGCCAGAACUCGAAUGGCAAUCCGAAUGCAAACUCGAAUGCAAACUCGGGUUCUUCUGGCUCAGGUUCUUCGGGUUCCAGCUCUGGGGGAACCAAGAGCGGUAGCCCAAACGCUGCUAGUCGAAAUGUUGUCGGUAACUCUGCCACGUCCUGGAUGAGUCUUACCACAGUCGCUCUUGGUGUCCUUCUCGGGGCUCAAUGGAUUUGA